AUGAAAGGUUAUAAGCGACAAUCGAGGGAAUCGACUAUUGUGAAGAAAUUUCUGAAAGAACAUCUGAACGAAGGAACUACAAAGUCUACAUGCGAAAAGAUAUAUCAGCUUUCACAGCGUGUGGCUAAAGCUAGAAUGAGCAAAAGACUCCUUUCGGAGAUCAUAAAGGUAUCUAAAGUUUUUGUAGAUGAUUAUGCAGAAAAAACCCGGGGAAUGAGCUCAAAAGAUACAGGAAGAUGUCUUUACUCGUUUGAUUGUCUUUGGAGUAGAAGCAUGAAUCUCUUUGGGAAAGUGUUCUGUCCAAUUAUACGAACUAGAAGGAAGUUUAUAGACCGUUUAUCUUCAAAGUUAUUUAUGCAAUUUGUGAAGAACAUCGAGGAUAAGAUAGUAAAAUUUAUAAUAGACAAUAUAAGAGAGGAAAUACAGAAAGUAGAAACUAAUAGGAGAACAAGUAAACCUGAAUCCAGUAGUUUGGAAUCCUCUUCUAACAAAAAGCAGAAGCUAAGCCAAGACGAGCCUGGAAAAUUGGGGGAGCUUAAGGAAAGGGACUUUGGUGUAUUUGAAUCGCUUUCCAGAAAGGAGAAAAUUUCAACUUUAAUCGGCAUACUUCAAGGUAGGGGAUGCUUCGAUCUGUUUCUAGAAAGAGUUGUUGGGAGCUUAACUUCGGUCCUUGAUGAAAAGAUAGAUAGGGAAGGUCUUGGGAUUUUAGCAAUAAAGAGACUUAUUGACGAGCAGAGAAAAGCCGGGUAUAUGAAGGACUACUUCUAUGCAGUUGAAUCGAAUCUGAUGAGAAAAAUAGUUAUAAAAUAUACUAAUGAGGAGAUUUUCAAAAUGCUGGACAAAGAGGAUGAAAUGAGAUUAUGUAUGGGAUUUUUUUGUGCCUCCAACGAGGAGAAAAGGCUUAUGGAGGCUUUGGAUGUGUAUUUCAGGAAAAUAAUGGGAAAUCCUUCUAUUGAUGACUUUAUUGGAAAAUACUACUGGAUCUACCUCAAGUUUAGAGAACUAGAAAAUAGCAAGGAUGGAGGAUACGAAAGGAUUAUAGAAGGAAUUAGAAACUGUAAGAAAGACAUUCUAAAGUUAGAUGCAGAGUGUGUUGUUGAGUGCGUAUGCAGAUGGACGGAUUCGUUUCUAAGAGGAAAAAUAAUCAUCCAGGAGAACACCAUUGAAGGGAUGGAAAGUCCAAUUUUUAUUCCAGGGAGCGAAAGGAAGGAAGUGAUAAAUGUAGAAAGAGUUUUAAAGAAAAUAGGGAUAGACUCUCUUCUUGAAGGUAAUGGAUGGAGAGAGUAUCUUGUAUUGAAUAUUUUCGAUAUGAUUGGAGAAAUGUUUCGUUUCUGCGAUUACAAGGAGAUGUUUGAAACGACAUUACAAGGCAGAUUGGGAAGUAGACUUGUCUCUGGAUCGUCUAUAUCAAUGGACUGGGAGAUUCGACUAAUUGAUAAGAUUGAUUCCGGUAGAAGCACCAUAGACAAGAUGAGAUGCAUGAUAAAAGACUUUAUGGAAACAGAACAAUUCAUGGGCCAUGAUAUUCUGCUUCUUCGGGGAUGUAAGUGGCCUAGAUAUGAAGAGACUAUCCUUAGGAUCCCAGAUGUUGAGGAAGUCAAGAAAAGGUACAAUCACGUGGUAAAAAACAAAAGAAAGAUAAUCAGAUGGAACGAUCUGUUAUCAUCCUGUGAAAUUGAGUUUUUGGGACGUAUGGUGAGAGUUACAUUGCCUCAAUACCUAAUGAUGAAGCUUUUGGUUGAAAAGGAUAGGACGGCUGAGGAUUUGAAGAUUUGCAAAUCCUGGGACAAGAAUCUUGAAGUAUUGGUUAAGAAAGGGUUGGUGAAGGUGGAAGGAAAAAGACAUUUUUUGAACAUGGAUUAUUGGAAAGGGGACUUUCCCAUGGACUCGAUGAUUCCUGAUAUGUUCCCGUUGCUAGGACCGCAGAAAAUCAUAAAGAUGUUUGAUGAAUCUGAGUCUUAUAAGGAUCUUUUAGAUUGUAAAAUAAUAAAGGAAAUGAAAGCUAAUAAGACACUGAGCAAAAGUGGUCUCAAAGAACUGCUAAAUAAGACGUAUCCACAGGAAAUUCUCGAUGAAAGAAUAGACAGCUUGGCAAACCGAGAGUUUUUGAGUGUUGAGGGAGAGAAUAUAAAGUAUGUUCCAUGA